AUGGCUCAGCAAGCAAAGCAGGCAGCCCAAAAAUUGGGUGGAAUGUUUCCUAAGGGUGCAGGCAAGGGCGUUGGCUCUGCUGCUGGUGCUCUCGUUACUCUUGGUGCUUUGGGUUACGGCAUUAACGCAUCGCUCUUCAACGUCGAUGGUGGUCACCGUGCUAUCAAGUACACUCGUCUCUUUGGUGUCCAAAACACUGUCUACAACGAAGGUACUCACUUUGUCAUUCCUUGGUUCGAAUCCCCCAUUGUUUACGACGUUCGCGCCAAGCCCCGCAAUGUCGCUUCCUUGACCGGCACUAAGGAUUUGCAAAUGGUGAACAUUACUUGCCGUGUGUUGUCCAAGCCUCGUGUUGACCAGCUCGCUACCUUGUACCGCACUCUUGGUCAAGACUAUGACGAGCGUGUGUUGCCAUCCAUUGUGAACGAGGUCCUCAAGUCUGUUGUCGCUCAAUUCACUGCUUCCCAACUUAUCACUCAACGUGAGCGUGUCUCCCGUUUGGUUCGUGAGAACCUUGUUCGUCGUGCCUUGCGCUUCAACAUCAUCUUGGAUGACGUUUCUAUCACCCAUGUUGGUUUCUCUCCCGUUUUCGAAUCGGCUGUCGAAGCUAAGCAAAUUGCUCAACAAGAGGCUCAACGUGCUGCUUUCGUUGUUGACAAGGCUCGUCAAGAGAAGCAAUCCAUCAUUGUUCGUGCUCAAGGUGAAGCCAAGUCUGCUGAACUUAUUGGUGAGGCCAUCAAGAACAAGCCCGGCUUUUUGGAAUUGAAGAGAAUCGAAGCUGCCCGUGAGAUUGCUACCAUCAUUUCUCGCUCUGGCAACCGCGUCAUGCUCGACUCUGACACCUUGUUGCUCAACGUCAACUCCUCCGUCAACAACAAGGAUACUAAGAGCAAAUAA